AUGCUUUCGAUUGAACAGCGGUAUAAUAUCUGCCUGAUGGCGGAGAGGCAUCCUAAGUGGACACAAUUAGAACUAGCUCGCUGGGCGUAUGAAACUUUUCAAUUGCCCAAGAUUCCUUCCCAAGGUACGAUAUCUCGUCUACUGGCUAAGAGAGAUGUCUACAUGAACUGUAAGGACAACGAAAAGGCAGCAAAUCGAGUGAGGAAACCAAAUAAUGUUUUGGUUCGUUUGAUCCUCCAGGAAUGGGUCUCUCAGAGCAUAUGGAAUGGUAUACCCAUUAACUCACCUAUUAUACAAGAUACAGCACAAUCCAUAUGGUAUCGAAUACCAGCCGAACACCGGGAGGGAAAUGGAUCUUUUUCAUAUAAAUGGAUCAACAAUUUUCUUUCCAAGAUGGAUAUCAACAUCUCUAACCUGGAUGAAGAGCUUCCUAAGCCACCAAAAGUCUGGACUUUUGAGGAAAGGAAUGGAUUAAAGCAGCUUUUCGCUACAAUUCCUCCACAGGACAUCUUCACACUUGAUGAGACCUUUUUGGCCUACAAUUUGCCAUUGGACUACGCGCAAUACGAAACUAGCCAAAUUCAAAGGGCAAUAGAGGUUGCUACUGUUAUGCUAUGUUGCAAUCUUGAUGGCUCGGAAAAGUUAAAGCCUUUAGUUGUUGGCAAAUACAAUAGCUACCGAAGCUUCAGAAACUACUUCCCAGAGGAGCCUUCAGAUCCGGUAUCGCAGUCGUUGUUGGGAGAUAAAAUGGCACAAAGGUUUGGCAUUUCAUAUCACAGUAAUCGGAAGGCAUGGCUCACCAGUAAUUUGUUCCAUGAUUGGCUAGCAAGAUGGGAUAAACGGUUGAUGGCCGAUAAUAGGAAGAUAUGGAUUAUACUAGACGAUUCCUGCUCACACAGAAUUAUCAAUCCGCAUUUGAAAAAUAUACAAUUGGUCUACACUUCAGCAAACUCAAGAUUUCUUCCAUUCAACUGGGGUGUUCUUGACGAAUUCAAGACACGGUACAGAAUUCAACAAUACCAGGCUUUGAUAGAUUUGCAAAAGACACUGGAGAAGAAGACUAACAAAAGGAUGCUGAUCACCUUCGAGCAAAGUCAACUAACAAUGUCUAACGCCUUUAAAUUCAUCAAGAAAGCGUGGAAGGGUAUUCCCGUUCAAACCAUUAGAGCCAACUGGAAAAGCUCUGGUAUUUUGCCAUCUGAAAUGAUUCCACUAGGAGAAACUGUUAGUAUGGCUUUCAAGAAAAACGAAGCUCUUGAAGCAGAACUCAAUGGCUUAUGUGACAAGUUUUACUGUGCCAAGAAGUGGGAUCAUGAUAUGUUGCUAGAUCUUAACAUCGAAAAUAAGAACACUAAUUUUCUCAGUACAGAGGAGUUGGUUGAGAGCGCCAUAGUGGAUGCCGUUGAACCAGACCCUCAAGUCAGCCAGCGUAAUGCCACUCCCGCAUUGAGCUCCCAUAUUGGCGAAUACUACAGCUUUGAUCUUCUCAAUGAUCGUAACUUGGGUAUAAACCUAAAUCAAGCAACUGGAGAUACGGAUUCACACUCUGAAGAUGACCUAAGUAGAGACAAUAUGAAUUCAAAUGGAAGUGACGGUGAUAACAUUGCUCUACUGGGCAACUCGAAUGAGGCGGGAAAAGUCGACAAUAACUACGAAAUUAAUCUUGAUCGACUUCUGGGCGGUGACUAUGGUAGUGAAGAAAAGGGAAAGCUUUACAACGUUAGCACGUUGAUUGACAGACCUAAUCUUUUCAUGGGAGAGAACGGAGUACUUGACUUGAGGGGCGUAGGGAUUGACGCAUCCAUAGGACCUUCAGACUACUUUAGCGAUAUGUUUCCUACGUCUGUACCAGGGACGGCGGCUACCAGUAUUCCAGGUGGCCCGCCCGAUGGAAUGUCAACGCAACCAAUCAGCGCAUCAUAUAAUACUAACACCGUACCGGCCCCUAAUCAGAGACCAGCUACCGCUGCAUCGUCAACAAUGGUUCCAUUCGAGAAUCCUGCAUUGAAUCAUUUACUGGAAAACUCUGUAUCCUCGAAUAAGGACACAACGCCUAACUCGCUGCCUGAAUUUCUCCCAGAGGCAAAUCCAGGAGCAGCGUUACAAGCUAACAUUAAUAUUGCUAAAUCACUGGGGAACAUCUUAAAGCAUACAGAAACGCGUGAGUUGAAUUUCUCAGAAGCUGCAAUCAAUGAGAUCAAAUCUAAUUACAACCAUAUUUUGACCAGAAUAAAGAUGGUAAGGAAACGGAGACAUAACAUGAAGGCCAGAAGAGGCCAAGUCCAACUGGAGAAGUAUCUUUCUGGUGAGACACCAACAAGCUCCAAUAACUCCGAGUUUUCGCCAUCACAUAACUUACAAGUUCCUGUAGAUUUACAACUAACCGACAACGCAUCUUUCUUUUAG